AAUCACAGUCUCGUUGCGUGUUGCGUACGAACAGGCCAUGAGCAAGUGUCAAAGAUUGUUUUCGAAGUAAGACGUUCAAUUAUUUUUAACUCGAUUUUAACGGGAAGAAUAAAAUUUCGAAUUAAAGAAUGGAGCGCAACGAGGAGGACUGGUCAGUGGAAUGUUCGGACGACGAGAAAUACGAGGUGGACGGAAAAAACGAGUGGACUCUGAAGCCGGACGAUAUACUGACGUUGAUCGAGGCCCUUGAAGCAAACAACAAGGUUCUAGAACUCGAAUGGAAAUGUCCUGGGAAAAGAGGAGCCUCGCCUAUUCUUUCAAACAAUCGACAACAGGACAACGGCUCUCAGGAAUACAAGACCGAGGAAAAAUCUGAUUUCGAUUUCAUGGAUGAAAUGUCAUCGCCAAGAUUACCCGUUCGAAGGACAGGUGAAAGUACUCCAAGAGGAAGCGCGAAAAAGAAAACUGCCAGUUUCAACGGUGUUCUAUCGACCAUGUUGCGACACCGGCGAUUGGAGCAACAAGAAAUCAAUUCGAAUCCUAAGAAGAUCGAACUCCCAGCAUCGAAAACACAACCAACUUAACUGUUACUUCUUGCCGAUCGGGAAAGUGCAUAAAUAACAAUCGAGGAAUUCCUCGAUUUAUAUACUUGCGACAAACUAUUCACGAGUACACGUGACAAGUUCUACUCGGUUCGCGUAACAGGAAUAAAAUCGACAAUCAGACGCGGUUAAACAGAGUAUGUAUAUAUUUAUUAAAUAAAACAAACAGAACACUUAUACGAUAA